AUGGCGCCGUUGAACGAGUCAUCGAUAGUAAAUCGUUUUCCAUCGAUUGAUCUCUCUAUUAGACCUUCCCUGCAUCAAAUACUCGAGCAACCCGAGCAGUUCUUUCACAUCAGUCAGCAGUCAACCAAGAUGAGCAUUGAUCACAAUCGACGCACACGUCUUUCAAAUGAGUUGAAACGACGAGCGGAUAUUGAGCGCUAUCGUGAGAGCGUAAUGAAACCAGCUAGUUUGCGCCAGGUUGGUACCAAAACUAUCUCACAGGAACUCGUCGAUGUCGAACAAGUGACUCUUACAAUGGAGGUGACGUAUAGCGAUUAUGAAGAAAUGUUCACUAAAAGAACUCUUGGUAAUACUGAAGAAAGUUGUGCUAAUAUAAUGCUCGAAACAAACACAGUUAUACAAUUUCCUGAUCGCGAUGAACCUAACCCAGACUUUAUCCAUCAGGUUACCAUCACUGGACAUCUCACAGGCGUCGAAGAAGCACGAAUUCGACUGCGGAAAUUCUGUCCGUUGGUGUUGAUGUUUGCUGUAUCCGAAAGAUUACGUGAAGGAAUCCCUUACAAAAAACUAAAUUGUUGGAUAAAAGAGCGAAUAGAAGAUGGUUCCAUUAACUUUCCUUCGCUUGUCAUACAAGCACUUCCACAGCCUGUAGCGACAUCGUUCAAGGAACCUGUGAUACGCAUCAGUGGUCGCGUUGCAGAUGAAGAAUUACUUUCAAAAGCCUGCGAACGUCUACGCGAAUUGCUUUUUGUUCCUGAAGUUGCGGAAAAGAUAUCAUUUUCUACCCACAUGGAAGUGCCGGCUGCUCAACGAUCCCAAAUUGUAGGAACACCGGAUGGAGCGCAACUGCUUGUUAUUUCUCGAUUCACAAAAGCUUUGUUACACUUCCCUUCUCAUUCUGAGGAAUCUGCACAGACCCUGUUUUUCUACUUUACGGGGCAACCAGAUUCUAUUUUGAGAGCUCGUCGAUAUGUACAGGGUCUUCUUCCCAUGCAAUUAUGUUUUCAUGCUGGCAGUGAAGAUCUUCGAGCCCACAUCCAAGCAGAGAAUCGCUUGAUAAAGUUCUAUGACGAGAUGCUACGGGUUUCUGUCCGCGUAAUACCAUCCGACCUCGAAUCUCUAUCAGUUCUUCCGGGUGACCAGAUGAGGCACUUUAUCUCUCUUCGAACUAGUGAAUACAAUGUGGGUGCACUAUAUGCUGUGAUGCGUCGAGUUCUCAAACGUGGGGAGGAAAUACCCAUGAUCACACCUACAGAUUACGCCGAAAUGCUUCCGCUUGUACCUGAUCUCAUUAAAUAUGCAUGUGAAGUGAACGUGAAGUGUCGUUUGGAACCACGGAUCCUGGAUCUUCCCUUAGUAUCAGCCAUGACUUCUCCUAUUCCCAACUCCUUAUCUUCCAACCAUCUGUCACUAAACCUUGUCGAUCAGGCCAAUCUAGCUCUGAAUGUAGCUGAGUCUUCAGAAGGAAAUGCUGGCGGUUCUAACCGGAGUAGGAACUCUUCACCGCAUAACAUUUACUCUGCUAAAUCCAACUUACGAUUCAGCGACAAAGAAAAUAACACUAGAGGAGCAUUCAGUAACUACGGACGUGGCAAGAACUACAAUAACGAGCGUCGAAACAACUCAUUUCGAUCGUUUCGCUUUGGUGCUACAAAUCCUCCUCACUCAAAGCACCAUCUUGCAUUACGUAACAGAGAGGGUGAUAUUGAGAAAGCUGGCGAAAGCCGUCUUCAACGCAACCCAAACCUGCAAACAGAAAACUAUUCUCGUGCUGGCGGUGAUGAUGUUUACCUACGUCGACGAAACAAUCAUCUUCAAAACGGUGCUGACCGCCUGAAUCAUGGAGUUUACGAACGGCGUAAUGGUGCAGAAUGGCGAGCUAACCAAUCGAAAACUGCAGAAUCAUUCAACCAACGUCCUCGUAAUGAGAAGAUUGAACUCCAGCGGCGUGAUAAAGAAGAACAAUCCGUUGAAGAUCAAGAUUCACACAUUUAUCGGCAGUCGAAUAAAAGAAUGGAUGUCAUGGACCUCAUCAAACUUGCAUCCGGUGAGGAUAACGACCGAAAGUUGACGUUAGUUGGGGACGACACCAGUAUACUUGACUCUGGUGAUGCGACUGGUUCUAACUCAGUCACUGUUUGCAACAAAUCAGAUACAGUUGACGGCUUUCAGGGGUGA